ACUCUAUUGGAAGGUUGGGAGAGAAGGAGUGGGUUGCGAUGGCGACUGGUUCAUUGGCUGGGGAGAAGGAUGAGCGCAGCUUGGGCUUCCAGGAGACCGAGCUGCGCCUGGGAUUGCCGGGUGGCGGCAGUGGAGGAGAAGGCGAUGUCGGGAAGAACUCCGGGAAGAGGGCGUUCGCGGAGACCAUUGACUUGAAGCUCAAGCUUCAGGCAGCGGGAGACACGAAAGACAUGGCGGCGGAGGCGGCGGCCUUGAAGAUGAAGAGAUCUCCGAGCCAGAUGAGCAUUGCGGCUUCCGCCACCGACCCUGAGAAGCCUCCUGCUCCGAAGGCACAGGUUGUGGGUUGGCCACCGGUUAGAUCACAUAGGAGGAGCAUGCUGGCUGUCCAAUCUGAGAAACCGAGUAAAGAAGAUGGAGAAAGACCUGCAGGCAGCUUGGCGGCCUUUGUCAAGGUUAGCGUGGAUGGGGCACCUUAUCUACGUAAAAUUGACCUAAAAAUGUACAGAAGCUAUCAAGAGCUCUCCAUGGCCUUGCAGAAGAUGUUCAGCUCCUUCACCAGUGUUUCAUCGAGCUGUGGGUCUCGAGGAACGAAUGGGGGAGAGUCCAUGACCGAGGGGAAGCUGGUGGAUCUCAUAACCGGUUCUGAAUUCGUGUCGACCUACGAAGACAAAGAUGGCGACUGGAUGCUUGUUGGUGAUGUUCCGUGGGAGAUGUUUGUCGAAUCAUGCAAGCGUUUGCGUUUGAUGAAAGGAUCGGAAGCUGUUGGAUUUGCACCAAGAGGCAUGGAGAAAUGUAAGAACAGAAGCUGAGGAAUCAAGAGAUGUGGUCUCUGAUCCUUCAUCAAAGUCAAAGUGCCAACAGAAGGCGUUGUCGCUGGAUCUGCAGCAAGCAUCAUGUGUCCGUGUGUUUCUGUAUUGCUAUUAUGUCUCAGAAUAUGCUCCGUAAAUUUGUUGCUGUCGAGGAUUGCAUUUUAUUUGCUCAAUGAAGUUGUUUAUUAGUGCGCUGUUCA